GAAGUGUGCAAUCUGCAGCCAGCGUCCGAGCACAUUAGAUAAGUGCCCAUUGACAGUCGCCUCCAUCCGCACGUCGCGUUCGGACCGUUCUGUGAUCUGUAUACUUAGUAUACUUACACGAUGUAUUGUGACUUCCCUGAGUUGGGGCGGUGCUGCUUCUGCAUGCCGCUAAGGAGGGGGGUGUUGACGUUUGGAUACCUCAAUUUCUUCUUCUCGGUGUUCAUGCUCGGCGUGUACAGCUACUACAUCAACGCGGCCUCCGGCAACCUCCACCUCAUCUACCACGGCUCGCUGUCGAUGAUCCCCGCCGAGGCAUGCCUCUUCAUCUACUGUCUCGAAAUCCUCUUCAACCUGAUUCUGCUGUACGGCACUCACUUGAAAAAGCUUCUGUUCGUGAAGAUAUUCUACUACUUCGCCAUCGUGUCGACGGUGGCGUCGGUGCUGAUCCAGCUGCUGGACGCGUCGGAGAUGUGGAUGCGGCUGGUCAUCGAGACCGUCUCGCUCACGUUUGCGGGCUUGUGUCUCCAGUUAUACCUCAUCAUCUUAGUUCGGAGUCUGAUCAAAAAGAUGAUGGUAGACGGAGACCAUGUCUUCGAGAAUCAGCUUCACCAGAUCGUCACUGGAGAUCGAAAGUUCAACAACGCCAGCAACGGCAUUUAUGAUGCCAACACCGUCGUUCCGAAUAAUCCGACUGAUGUUUAAUGAGGGGUCUCAAAAUAAAAUGUAAGAACUUGGCUGUGUUUAUGUGAGUUUGUGUUGAUUAUUAUAGUGUUAACUGUCAGAAUGAAUUGGAUAACACGGUGAAAUGAAAACAUUUUUGUGUCUUCUGUAUAUAAGUAAGUAGGUAUUUAUAUUUUUAAGGUGUCCUAAUAAUGUUAUAAAUUAUAAACAACUCUUUAGCAACAUUCGGAAACCUUUGAAAUUCUAACUUUACCAAAAGUAGUAACUUUCGGUAUUGAGAGUGUUUGUUUGCUUUGUUGCUUCUAAUGAGGGUUAUCGUUUUUUUGCUCACCAGUUGGCGCCUCUGUUGAUGGUGGUCCAAAAGACUAAAAGAACAACUGUCAGUCAUUGAAGUGACAAGUGUCAUUUGACAUUUCGAACUAUGGAAAAGACCACCAUCUACACUAGAAUUCAUACGCGUUAGCCCUUAUUCAGCCUUUUUGACGUAAAUUAAAGCGCAGCGGCAGCGAGAAAUUGUGCCAAUUUAGCUAACUAAAAUCCCAAUAUUAGAUUUUACGAUUUUGUAUUUGUCAUGUAUUUAAUAAUACAAGCGCUUUCAUUUACAAUGUGCACUAAAAAUGUCCAUAACAUGCAUUAGUUAUUUGUUUUAACCGCUCGUGAGUAUUGAUAUAGCAAGCGAAAGAUUCCAAAAUUGAACCUCUAGCGUAGCGAGUGGUUCGAAAAAUAGAAUCUUAAGCGUUGCGAGGGUUUCAAAGCACGAGGGUUAAACAAAUUUUGCCCCCGAGUGAAACACAAAAUUUUUCACCAUACCAACCUGAAGAAAAUAUUAACUGUAAGAUAUCAAACUGAAUCAAGUCCAAGUGAACGUCAUUAAAUAUUUAGGUAUCAUUCAAAAUCAUCAUUUAAAAGUCAAUUCUAUGAGCAAACAUAAGGAAACAACUCAAAAUUUGCACCAUUACUUUGCCCCACAUGUGGAUAAAAUGCAACUUUGUCAUCAGUUUUUGAACAAUCAAGAGAGCCUGUACCAGCUGGGGCCCAUUUCUCGAACGGUAUUAGUCUAAUAUUAUUAGUGUGCUGCCAUGGUAACCCAUACGAUUUGACAGUUCGUGGGCUAAUAAUAUUAGUCUGAUACCGUUCGAGAAAUGGGCCCCUGGUGUGGUGAAAAUUAUUGCAUAGGUAUUACCUUGACUUGUAAAUAUUAUAAAGCUUCAAAUGACCUUUUAAGAUGUAAGUUUAAGCCAAAGAGCUAAUAUUAAUUUUUAAGUAUUUUUUACGAUUACUUCUAUCAAAAUACUCUAGGUAUGGUAAACUAUUUAUUUUGUAUCACAGCAUAUGUUUUGCUUGAUAUGUCAAUUAAUUAAAAAUACGAGGCUUGUUACUUACUACAAGGCGACUUUUAAUUGUUAUUAAAUACAAUAUAUUAACUUUUUUUUAUGUAGAAUUCUCAAUAAUUAUUCUAAAACGGUAGAAUGUCACUAAUGUGUGUAGUACUUUAUUUACUAUUUAUUGUGAUGGAGAUGUAUUUUCUAUUAAAAACAAAAUUAUAAUAACCAAAAGAGACUUACACGACAAUAAAAUGAGAAAAAUUA